AUGACUCAGAAGAAGGUGACCUAUGGCAAAGCAGCAUGGGAUGAGGGAAACCAGAGUGCUGUGGAUGAAUUCAUCCUGCUGGGGGUGUCGGAUCAACCGUGGUUGGAGCUCCUGCUGUUUGUGUUCAUCUUAAUCUGCUACAUUUUGACACUGCUUGGGAAUGUCACCAUCAUCGUCAUCUCCCGGCUGGACCCCCGUCUCCACACACCCAUGUACUUCUUCCUCAGCAACCUCUCCUUCCUGGACCUUUGCUACACCACUUGCCUAAGUCCCCUACUGCUGGUAACUUUGCUUAGCACCCGCAAGUCCAUCUCUUGGGCUGGCUGCAUGGUCCAGCUCUUCAUUGCUCUUGCCCUGGGAACCAGUGAGUGCAUGCUGUUGGCAGUCAUGGCUUAUGACCGCUAUGCAGCCGUCUGCCACCCCCUGCGCUACAUGACCAUCAUGAGCCGCCCCCUCUGCCUGCUCGUGGCUACGGGCUCCUGGCUCAGUGGCUUGGUCAAUUCCCUGGCACAGACCGUGUUGACUAUGCAGCUGCCUCUGUGUGGACAGAAUCAUAUUGACCAUUUUUUCUGUGAUCAACCAGGCCUAUUCAAAUUGGCCUGUGUUGACACCUCCUUCAUGGAAACUGAGGUCUUCUCGGUAAGUGUGUUUGUCCUGGUGGUGCCAGUGAGUCUCAUCCUGGUCUCCUAUGGCCACAUUGUCACUGCUGUGCUGAGGAUUCGCUCAGCUGAGGGCAGGCGCAAGGCUUUCAACACCUGUGCCUCCCACCUAGCUGUGGUGUCAAUUUUUUUUGGCACAGCCAUCUAUGUCUACCUGCAGCCCCAGUCCAGAAACCAGGGAAAGAUUAUCUCCCUCUUCUACACAUUGGUCACCCCCAUGCUGAACCCUCUGAUCUACACACUGCGGAACAAGGAGGUACACAGGGCCCUGCGGAAGGUUUUAGGAAUAACCCCAACCACUAAGGCUUGGGGAUAG